AUGGCUUUAGAACCAAUCAAUUAUACCUCUCGUUCAAGGGAAAUUGAGGCUGAAUAUCUGAAAAUUGUCAAAGGUACAGAUGAAACUACCACCUGGUUAAUUAUUGGGCCCAAUGAAUCAAAAGAAUAUGGUCCUGAAGCCACUGGUAAUAACUUCAGUGAUUUCUUGCAGUCCUUUGAUGACACCAAAGUCCAAUACGGUCUAGCUCGUGUUUCUCCUCCAGGAUCUGAUGUGUACAAAUUGAUUCUUAUCGGUUGGUGUCCAGAUAGUGCCUCAAUGAAAAGUAGGGCCUCUUUUGCCUCUAACUUUGCUGUUGUGGCAGAUAAUGUCCUAAAGGGAUACCAUGUUCAAGUCACAGCUCGUAGUGAUGAUGAUCUAAAUGAACAAGAAUUGUUGGCCAAGAUGUCUAAUGCUGCUGGUGCUAGAUAUUCCAUUCAAUCUGAAUUUAAAACAAAAGUGUCAUCUUCAACAAACGCUCCAUCUGUUGUAAAGAAGAAAUUCUCUGAUUCAAACAAUUUGGGAAAUAACAUUGCCUCUAACAUUAAAAAGGAGGAAGAAACAAAACUUAACCCCAUUUCUUCUUCUGGAGUUACUCCAACUGCCAACAUCACUAAACAUACUCCUGUUAAAGAUGACAAUGAUGAUUGGGAUGAACCAGAAAUUGAGGAGCGUGAUUUAGACAAAAAUCCGCUAAAGCCAAACCCAUCCAAUUAUAAACCCAUAGGCAGAGUCAAUUUACAAGAUGUUAUUACAGAGGAAAAGAACAAACAAGAUCCACGUAUUGUGAAAAAUGUUGUUAUGAAGGGUGCUGACAAUGAUUCUAAGAUUAAUCCAAGCGAAGAUAUUGCUAAUUUGAAGGCACAAUCAAAAUUACAAAGAGAUUAUGAAAUCGAUUCCUUUUUAAAGAACCCAGUUUUUAAGCAACAACAUGAUGAUAAAAUUAUUAAAGGUUUUCAAAAUGAAAAGUCUCCUGCUCAAUUAUGGGUCGAGAGAAAGGAAAAGGAAACAGGGUCCACUACAAAUGAAUCUACCUCUACCUCUUCCCCUGGUUCGGAAGUUGCUUUUGAGAAACAUGAUGAUAUUAAAGAUUUAAGAUCCAAGUUCGAACAAUUUAAUACUGAAUCUAACAAUUCUGAACCAAAAAUUAUUCAGCCACAAAAAUUUGUUCCUCCCGUCGCUGAAGCUCAAGACACAUCAAAUAUUCCAUCCAAAGAAAAAUCUGAGUUAAAAACUAUUGGUACUCCAUUACCUGGUAUGCAUGAUAAAGAAAUUGCAAAUGAUAUAAAAUUGAAAAAUGAAGAAGAAGAAGAUAAUGAUGACUGGUCUGAUGAAGAAGAAACUCUUCCAAAGAGACAAUCAGUUCCUUUACCACCAAGAAAUGUCUCUAACAGUCAAGACGUAGAAAAAGAAAAAAACCAACAGUCAGAACAAGAGCAAGAAGAAGAAGAACCAGAACAAGUACCAAGUUUGCCACCAAGAAAUGCUGUUCCAGAAUCGAAUGAGGAUAUUGCUCCACCAUUACCUUCAAGAAAUAUUGCACCUGAACCUGUAGAAAAAGAUAAAGAAGACAUAUAUGUUCCACCACCUCCACCAAGAAGAAAUGUAGCACCAGAACCAGAACAAGAACAAAAAGAAGAAUCAACGCCAUGGGCAAUUGCAGAAUAUGACUAUGAAGCAGGCGAGGAUAACGAAUUAACGUUUGAAGAAGGUGACAAGAUCAUCAACAUCGACUUUGUAGAUGAUGACUGGUGGUUAGGCGAAUUAGAAAAAACAGGAGAAAAAGGUUUAUUUCCAAGUAACUAUGUUUCCUUACAGGGCCAUUAA